ACACGCGAGCAGUUUGAUGCUGUUUCACCUGGAAAGUACUCGAUCGUGCACACGUGAAUAUAUAUAGGAAUCAUGUCGGCGGGCGAGCCGGAAGUGAUAAGCGAAACUGCAGCGAUAACUCCUGCUGGGUUAUCAGCAAGAACCGUUUUUUUCUCCCUUUUGAUACCUGCUCUGGUUCUGUACUAUAUCUACUUUAAGAUCUCCCGUCGCCAUAUGAAUCAGCUAGCGGAAAAAUUACCGGGCCCUCCAGGCUUACCGUUCGUCGGAAACAUACUGUUGUUCUUUGGAAGCUCCAACACCAUAUUCCGUAAUAUAUACAAGUUAUCCUUCGAAUACGGCCAAGUCAUCAGGAUGUGGAUCGGACCGAAGCUCAUAGUUUUCCUAAUGGAUCCGCGCGAUGUCGAGCUUAUUCUGUCCAGCCACGUGUACCUCGAAAAAUCCACCGAGUACAAAUAUUUCCAGCCUUGGCUUGGCAACGGUCUCCUCAUCUCCAAUGGUCAGAAAUGGCACACUCACCGUAAACUGAUCGCGCCGACGUUCCACUUGAAUGUGCUGAAGACCUUCAUCGAUCUGUUUAACGCGAAUUCACGCACUGUCGUGGAAAAAAUGCGCAAGGAAUGCGACAAGGAGUUCGACUGCCACGAUUACAUGUCCGAGUGUACGGUAGAGAUCCUCCUCGAGACCGCUAUGGGGGUCAACAAGAAAACGCAGGACAGCAGCAGCUUCGAAUACGCCAUGGCAGUUAUGAAAAUGUGCGACAUCCUCCAUCUUCGUCACACGAAAUUCUGGCUCAGACCUGACUGGCUGUUCAACCUCUCGAAAUACGGCAAGGAUCAGAUCCGGUUGCUAGAGAUCAUCCACGGGCUCACGAGGAAGAUCAUCGCCAGCAAGACGCAAAAUUACAAGAGCGGCAAGCAUAAUGUUAUCGACAUCCCCGCUACGCAAAAUGGCGCUCCCAAGGAAUCCAAUAACACCUCCGUGGAGGGACUUUCCUUUGGUCAGUCGGCUGGUCUGAAAGACGACCUCGAUGUGGAGGAGAACGACGUUGGCGAGAAGAAGAGACAGGCUUUCCUCGACCUGCUGAUGGAGGCUGGCCAGAACGGUUCCGUUCUCACGGCCGACGAAGUUAGGGAGCAAGUCGACACGAUCAUGUUCGAGGGACACGACACGACGGCGGCCGCGUCCAGCUUCUUCCUGUCGCUGAUGGGCUGUCACCCGGAGAUCCAGGAGAAGGUCAUUCAGGAGCUUGACGAGAUCUUCGGCGACAGCGACAGGCCUGUAACCUUCCAGGAUACCCUGGCGAUGAAAUAUCUCGAGCGUUGCCUCAUGGAGACACUCCGUUUAUAUCCACCCGUGCCCGUCAUCGGGCGAAAAAUCAACAGUGACCUGAAACUCGCGUCGGGAGAUUACUCGAUCCCGGCCGGCACUACGAUCGCCGUGACGACCUUCAAAAUGCAUCGGCAGCCGUAUAUCUAUUCGAAUCCCGAUGUCUUCGACCCCGACAACUUCCUGCCGGAAAGAACAGCCAAUCGACACUACUACGCCUUCAUACCGUUCUCGGCCGGACCUCGAUCCUGCGUGGGUCGCAAAUACGCCAUGCUCAAGCUGAAGAUCCUCCUCUCCACGAUCAUGAGGAACUUCCGCGUCAGAUCGGACAUCAAGGAGUCGGACUUCAGGCUGCAGGCCGACAUCAUCCUCAAGCGGGCCGAAGGCUUCAAGAUCAGGCUGGAACCGAGGACAGCGGCGGCCGCCAAGGCUUAGACGGCAUUCCUUGAGCAUUUUCACUCUGAUAGAGCUCAAAUAGUACGGAUCAAAGAGUACUGGAGAGUCAUGUAGUAGAAAGUAGUAGAGAAUUGUGAGGAGGGUAGUCAUGUGCGGCGAAGCGGAUUCCGAGCGAAGCGGAAGGUGAAGCGUCGCGCGCGGAUUCGCGACCGCGCGAAUCGCGGAUAUUGAUUGUAUAUUUAUUACACGUUUUAUAUUAAUGGUCCGUGGUCAUUAACAUGUUGUAUAUGAUACUUAUUUGCUUAUGGCUUGCGUUGAUAUUUAUCUCUUGCAAUAAACGUGGCGUACGUCGCGAAAUUAUAAAUACGAGUCUACUCGCCAUUUCCCUGUUUCAGAGUUACAUAAGCUCUCUCGUCCCACGUAAAUGUUAUGUUCGUAACGUAACGCAUAUAACGCACGCAUUACGAGUUAUUAUAUAGAAAGAAAACAUUCCGUCGAUAUUUUCCAUAUCUCUAAGGCUUUUUCUUUAUUCAAUAGCGUUAUGCAAUUUUGUUUGAUGUCGUAAUAAAAGAAGAACUAAAAAAUA